GCGGCCACUGCUGCUCCUGUGCUCCCAGCCCCCACCCACGGGCUGCGUGGUUCACCGCGGCCCAGGAAGAGCGAGCUCCGCGAGUCGGGUCGUGAUACGGUGUUUGGUUACGUGCUCAGUCACAGGAAAUAAGUGACCAUGGUGCUCAAUAGUUUGGAUAAGAUGAUUCAACUCCAGAAAAACACUGCCAACAUCAGGAAUAUCUGUGUUUUGGCUCAUGUUGACCAUGGAAAAACUACUUUGGCUGACUGUCUUAUAUCUAGUAAUGGAAUCAUCUCCAGCCGCCUAGCAGGCAAGUUAAGAUACAUGGACAGCAGAGAAGAUGAACAGAUCCGAGGGAUCACUAUGAAAUCCAGUGCCAUUUCACUACAUUAUACAGAAGGCCGUGAGGAGUACCUGAUUAACCUGAUAGACUCUCCAGGACACGUGGAUUUCUCCUCAGAAGUCUCCACAGCUGUUCGCAUUUGUGAUGGGUGCAUCAUUGUGGUCGAUGCUGUGGAAGGAGUCUGUCCGCAGACACAGGCAGUUCUGCGACAAGCCUGGCUUGAAAACAUCCGUCCAGUUUUGGUGAUUAAUAAGAUAGAUCGCUUGAUAGUGGAACUGAAAUUCACCCCACAGGAGGCCUAUUCUCACCUCAAGAAUAUUUUAGAACAGAUUAAUGCACUCACAGGAACUCUUUUUACUUCUAAAGUCCUAGAAGAAAGAGCAGAGAGAGAGGCUGAAUCCCAAGUAAAUCCACAUUCUGAACCAGGAGAGCAAGUGUAUGACUGGAGCACCGGCUUGGAGGACACGGAUGAUUCUCACCUGUACUUCUCUCCAGAUCAGGGGAACGUGGUGUUUACAAGUGCAAUAGAUGGCUGGGGCUUUGGAAUUGAGCACUUUGCCAACAUCUACAGUCAAAAAAUUGGCGUCAAAAAGGAAGUUCUUUUGAAAACCUUGUGGGGAGAUUACUAUAUAAAUAUGAAGGCUAAGAAGAUUAUGAAGGUUGACCAGGCAAAAGGAAAGAAACCUUUAUUUGUACAGUUGAUCCUGGAAAAUAUAUGGAGUUUGUAUGAUGCUGUCUUGAAAAAGGACAAAGAAAAAAUUGAUAAAAUCGUGACUUCUUUAGGAUUAAAAGUUGGAGCCCGGGAGGCACGGCAUUCAGAUCCUAAAGUUCAAAUCAAUGCCAUUUGCAGUCAAUGGCUACCCAUAUCCAGUGCUGUUCUUGCUAUGGUAUGUCAGAAACUUCCUAGUCCACUUGAUAUUACAGCUGAGAGAGUGGAGAAACUGAUGUGCACAGGAUCGCAAACGUUUGACUCUCUUCCACUGGAAACCCAGGCACUGAAAGCAGCUUUUAUGAAAUGUGGAAGCGAAGAGACUGCUCCAGUUAUUAUCUUUGUUUCCAAAAUGUUUGCAGUUGAUGCUAAGGCUUUGCCUCAGAAUAAGCCAAGACCUCUCACUCAGGAAGAAAUUGCUCAGAGACGUGAGCGUGCAAGACAAAGGCACGCGGAGAAGCUUGCAGCAGCGCAGGGACAGGCAUCCUCGGGGCCCAGCCAACAUGGGAGUGCCCUUGAAACAAGUCCAAAGGGAGAAGAGCCCAGAGGUGAUGAGCAGCAGGUAGAGGAUAUGACCCCUAAACCUGUGCCCCAGGAAGGAGACAGCCAAGAGUCUUUUAUUGCAUUUGCUCGAGUGUUCAGUGGUGUGGCUCGAAGAGGAAAGAAAAUUUUUGUCUUGGGGCCCAAAUACAGUCCAGUUGAGUUUUUGCAGCGGGUGCCAUUAGGCUUCUCAGCUCCACUAGAUGACCUUCCCCCAGUCCCCCACAUGGUGUGCUGUACUCUGGAAAACCUGUAUCUUCUGAUGGGAAGGGAACUGGAAGAUCUGGAGGAAGUACCUCCAGGAAAUGUGCUAGGAAUAGGAGGCCUUCAAGACUUUGUGCUGAAAUCUGCAACGCUGUGUAGCUUGCCAUCCUGCCCGCCCUUUAUACCACUCAACUUUGAAGCCACCCCUAUUGUGAGGGUUGCUGUUGAACCGAAACACCCGAGUGAAAUGCCUCAGCUCGUCAAAGGAAUGAAGCUGUUAAACCAAGCUGAUCCCUGUGUCCAGAUUUUAAUUCAGGAAACGGGAGAGCAUGUUUUAGUCACAGCAGGGGAAGUCCACCUUCAGCGAUGCCUGGAUGACUUGAAAGAAAGGUUUGCAAAGAUUCAAAUCAGUGUAUCUGAACCCAUCAUUCCAUUCAGAGAAACAAUCACAAAACCCCCAAAAGUUGACAUGGUCAAUGAAGAAAUAGGCAAACAACAGAAAGUUGCAGUCAUACACCAAACAAAAGAAGAUCAAAGCAAAAUCCCGGAAGGAAUCCAGGUCGACUCUGAUGGACUGGUCACCAUGACAACUCCCAAUAAACUGGCCACGCUCAGUGUUCGGGCUGUGCCCCUUCCAGAAGAAGUCACGCAGAUCCUGGAAGGAAAUAGUGAUUUGAUUCGGUCUUUGGAGCAGUUGACAUCCUCUUUGAAUGAGGGCAAAAAUACUCAGAUGAUUCACCAGAAGACCCAAGAGAAAAUUUGGGAAUUCAAAGGAAAACUAGAGCAACAUCUAACAGGGAGAAAAUGGAGGAACACCGUUGACCAAAUCUGGUCAUUUGGCCCAAGAAAAUGUGGGCCCAACAUGUUAGUAAAUAAAAGUGAAGAUUUUCAGAACUCAGUAUGGACAGGCCCAGCUGGCAAAGCUUCAAAAGAAGCCAAUAGAUACCGAGAUUUGGGCAAUAGCAUCGUGAGUGGCUUCCAGCUAGCAACCCUCUCUGGCCCCAUGUGUGAGGAGCCUCUCAUGGGUGUCUGCUUUGUUCUGGAAAAAUGGGACCUAAGUAAAUUUGAGGAACACGGAGCAAGUGAUAAACAGAAUCGAGAGCAAAGUGAUCUGGUGACAGAGGGACAGGGGGAAGGUGAAACGUGUCCUGGUGGAGGUGAAAAUCAAGAGCUACGCGAUGGCUCCUCUGAGCCCUUUGAGAAGAGGGCUUCCCCGAAAGGAGAAUCUUCACUCACUGACUGCUAUGGACCCUUUUCGGGACAGCUGAUUGCUACCAUGAAAGAAGCGUGUCGCUAUGCACUGCAGGUGAAACCUCAGCGUCUGAUGGCAGCUAUGUACACUUGCGACAUCAUGGCCACCGGUGAUGUUCUUGGUCGGGUCUAUGCUGUCUUGUCAAAGAGAGAAGGUCGAGUGCUUCAGGAAGAAAUGAAAGAAGGGACGGACAUGUUCAUCAUCAAGGCUGUGCUGCCUGUUGCUGAAAGCUUUGGCUUUGCCGAUGAAAUCAGGAAGAGGACGAGUGGCCUGGCCAGCCCGCAACUGGUAUUCAGCCACUGGGAGGUCCUUCCCAGCGACCCCUUCUGGGUGCCAACCACUGAGGAGGAAUACCUGCACUUUGGGGAGAAGGCUGACUCUGAGAACCAGGCCCGGAAGUACAUGAAUGCGGUGCGGAAGCGGAAGGGGCUGUAUGUGGAGGAAAAGAUUGUGGAGCACGCAGAAAAGCAGAGAACCCUCAGCAAAAAUAAGUAGCUACUACUACUGGCGGAGUCUUUUCUUUAUAAUAAAUUAACAAGUAUCACCCAGGGCUUGAUACUGGGAAAAUUUCUUUAUGCUGCAUUAUCUCUGUGCAUUCACUUUCAAUAAAGUUGAUCCAUAUAAAUAUUUUAAAGAGGGCGUUAGAGAACAUGUUUCCAAAGUGUUGUUUUAAUUGAUUCUGGUACAAGGCAAGAAGUUAUCAUAAAUGUUGCAGUGGUGACUUAUUACUAUCCCAUGUAUAACCCCCGAUGGUAAGAUGUGGGCCGUGGUACGGGCGGCCUGUUCAGUGCUGGGGGCAGGCACCAUGCGCAGACCCCACAGUGGGCAGUGUCCUCUACACUGAGCAGGCACGCCUCUGCUUGUCUUCACAGUGUCACACCUCUGAUUACAUCCUCCACUUACACAUAUUUCAUAUCGAAUCAUUGAAUCACAGCCUUUAAUAUCAUUUGGAGAGAACACAUACUUGAGAGACCAGCUCCCUUUUAGUUCUUUAAACUAAGUUGCUGCUAUAGCUGAUCCAUUUAAUGUUUUAUUUUCUAGCAAAACAAUGUAAUGUUCGAUUGUCAGUCUUUACACUUUGUGUUUUUACAACUCCUUCAUAAUUUGUAUCACUCAUUUAAAUAAAUGUUAAUGAAA